AUGUCUGACGCCGGUCGUUCCAAUAUUACUGACAAGAUCUCCGCGGCGGUCAAGCCCGACUCUGAGAAGUCCACCACUGAGCAUAUCGGCGACGCCAUCUCUGGCAAGGCCGACAACGUCGCUGGCAAGGCGGAGGGCGAGCAGAACAAGUCGACGCUGCAGUCCGUGGCCGACAAGGUUUUCGGUGGCAACAGCAAAUAG